GCGGCGCUGCCGCCGGCGGCCGCUGGGGGCUCCCGCCCGCCCGCGGCCCGUCCCGCCAUUGCUGGCAUGGAGGGCGAGAGCACCUCGGCCCUGCUCUCGGGCUUCGUGUUCGGCGCCCUCACCUUCCAGCACCUCAGCACCGACUCGGACACGGAAGGUUUUCUCCUUGGAGAUGUGAAAGGUGAAGCCAAGAACAGCAUUACAGACUCACAAAUGGAUGAUGUUGAAGUUGUUUAUACAAUCGACAUACAGAAGCAUAUUCCAUGCUACCAGUUGUUCAGCUUUUAUAAUUCUGCAGGAGAACUGAAUGAAUUUGCCCUGAAGAAAAUACUAUCAGGCUGUAAGAAGAGUGUAAUAGGAUGGUACAAAUUCAGACGUAACACAGACCAGACCAUGACAUUCCGGGAAAGAGUUCUUCAUAAAAACCUGCAGUCACACCUAUCAAAUCAGGGACUUGUAUUCCUCCUUUUAACCUCUAGUGUGAUGACAGAAAGUUGUUCUACUUACAGAUUGGAGCAUAGUCUACAUCGGCCUCAGGAAGGUCUUUUCCAGAAAGUCCCUUUGGUUGUUACCAACUUGGGCAUGGCAGAACAGCAAGGUUACAGAACAGUGUCCGGUUCCUGUGUAUCCUCUGGCUUUGUGAGAGCCGUGAGACAACACAGGUCAGAAUUCUUCCAUGAAGAUGGGUCCCUACAAGAGGUUCAUAAGAUAAAUGAGAUGUAUGCCACCUUGCAGGAGGAACUGAAGAAAAUAUGCAUUACAGUAGAAGUCAGUGAACGAUCUGUAGAGAAACUCUUAGCAGAGGUGAGCCAAUUAAAAGAAGAAAUAAAGAGGAAAAAGCAACAAAAUUGUUCAGGAGAAGAAAAAAACCACCCAGCAGAGCCAAAGGAGAAUAUUCUCCUUUGCCAGGCACUACAAACAUUUUUCCCCAAUUCCAGACUUCAGACAUGCAUUGUUUCCUUCAAAGGCCGACAAAUAUCCAAGAACUGCUGUAACACAGACCAUCAUAUUAACGUCAUGGACAAACUGACUCUCAUGGUAGAGGAAAGAGACUUCACUGAAGCUGAAGCAAGGCAUCUAAACAAGCGUAAGGUCAGGGGGACCACAUCAGUUUCAAAGUCAUCCAAGAAGUCCAGAUCAUUGCAGCUUCACCAAGAGCCACUUCAAGACCAAGAGGACAGUGACCAGGAAAGGAAGCUUACACUGAGUAGCACUGAAACAGAUGAGGAUGUGUUUGAAAAAAACAGAGAUGCAAAGGAAUACCCACACUCUCCUACUUUCUAAUCUGUCAGAUGACUUCACACCAAAAGCUACUGCUGGUGUAUUCCAGUGAUAUAUCAAUCUCUGGCACUGCACGGAUGUAUGUAACAGGGCAUUUUUGCAGGUUGUUUUUUUUUUUCCCUAGUGCACAAAUCCUGUUCAGCAUAAAGGUAAAUCCAAGAUGACAUUCCCUCACUUUGCCUUCCAGAGUUCCACCUGUCUUCUCUCUCUCAAGGUUCAAAGCCUAUGCCAUAGGAUGCUAUCAGUCAGAUAAGCAUGCUACAUACUGCCUCAAAGCGAUAGAACUUCAAGCUGCUGGUGAAGAAACAGUGCUACCCUCCUGAUGCAGGGAGCAUCAAAUGAACACGUUACAGAAUUAGCUGUCUACAUGAAUUGCCACAGUUUGAAUACAUUAAUUAUCCUCAGGAAACCAGUGCUUGUUUAUUUCUCCACAUCUUACAACCCAGCAAGGGGACAACCAGCCACCUGAGCUUUAGGAAGACCAGUGAGCAGAGGAAAGGGUCCAUAUAGCUGCCAGUUUCUAUUAUCGCUUUAAUCUUCCUUCAGAAGAUAACUUUCAGAGACUUCAUGAAGAAAAAUAAAAGAAUGACUGACAUCCACUCCUCAGUCAACCACACAUUAUGCUAACAAACCACAUUUCCAGCAAACAAGUAUAUAAACAUGAAAAACAGCUUUAUUGUUUAUUUUUGUACAGUAUAUCACUCUGGAUACUUGAUGUUACAUAGCUUGGGGUCUGUGAGAAAUUGUGGAUUCUUAAACAUAACUGGCAUAAAUCCUGUUAAAAAAAUAGAUGGAGGUGUUCUUAGUAGAAAAGUAGCCUUGAGUUAGAAAACUCAAAAGCAAAAUCAUACUUACCAAAUACAUGAGCUCUUUUAAUGGCUUUUGUAACUUCCUUCUGCUUCUUGUUGCACAAGCCUAAAGAGAUUAAUUAUUUUCAACACUAAGCAAGUCAUUAGAGUGUGAAAGGUAUGUUACUGACAAUUCCCUCUAGCUUGGAUUAAGUCUUUCUAUAAAAAUGCAUGUGUACUUUUACUGUUAAAUACAAAAUGCAUACAGUUAAGGAAUAUUUUAAUUCCUUGAUGCAGGCAACUAAGUCAGGGGAAUACUAUUACAAAAUGUAUAGAGUUGGGACUGGUUACUUUCAGAAAGACUGCAGAUGCACAGUUACUUAGACUCACAAAAAUAUUAUUAUUAACCCGUAUAAGAUUUAAUUUAAUGCUUCACAUACCUGUUAUAUGUCUGCCAUAAAUGGAGCCAGUAUAUGGAGAAACAAACUGGGAAAGAAGCUACUUAAAAUUAAGAUAAAUCAAAGUCAGUUUAAGAACUUUUUUUUUUGGAGCUUUAUGUUACUACUUGUACUCUAUUUUUCAUUUUUUUAUCUGUUUUUUCAAAACUCAGUUCUACCUGAAGAAAAAAGAACAGCUUGGAGCUAGACAGUAUUUUCUAUGCUUUUCUAUGCUUCCAUGCUUUGUGGCAGCUGAAUUGUAACCAAGGACUGUAUUUGUUAAACACCAAAGUUGUCACACGUAGUUAGUAGAUUAAGCAUCUUAGCAUAACUACAUUAUUUGGCCUUUGACUUACACACAUUCUUACUCAUAAGUUUUAAACCCCUACACAUAUUAAUCGAUUUUUAAUUGUUUUUUUUUUUAAUAAUUUUGGAUUUACUACACACACAUUUAAAAACAGUAAAGCAGUUCCCUUCAUCCAAGAACAGCAAUUUUAAAACUCACCUGCACAUUCUUAUAGUCCACAUUUACUCCACAUAAGACACAUCUCUUUGGAGGGUCUUUGUAAGGGUUCUCCAUUUGUAUGGGCUGAAAUCAGAGAAUGAUUAACACCUGUAAGCUUCACAAGAAAAUAGAGAACAUUUGUUACUUUUAA